AUGAUAGCCCAAAAUCUGUCGACCAGGAUCCGAUCCAAGCACCUGCUGGGUGCCCGCGUUUUUCCCGGCCUUUUUAAUUCUGUUAUCGAUAGUGCAAUAUGCGAGUCGGCGUCUAAGCUACUAGCCACAAAUUUGGGCAGAAUUUGUGGAACGUUCAAAGCAUUUGUAUGGGAUGGUGAAUUAUUCAGUCAGUCGGCAGAUUUUCUUUGGUAUGCUGAUAUUACGCUAAGGCUCAUCAUGACUAGUGAGGAUGAUGUUAUUGUUCGUGUAUUUAAAGCUGAAGAUGAUGAAAGUUUAUUGGAAGAAUGCUUAGAAGUUCGUCGUCGUGUUUUUGUGGUUGAACAAGGUGUCGAUGAGUCGAUUGACAAGGAUUCGCUGGAUGAUCAGUGUAUGCACAUCGCACUUAGUCUACCCAAACUUCAUUAUGGCGACGAGUCUAAGGAAACCGUAGCUACUUGUAGGCUGCGUUGUCACUCUCCUUAUGUAAAACUUGAACGGGUGGCUGUGUUGAAGGAAUGGCGUCAUCAUUAUUUUGGCUUCUUAAUCUGUAAAUCUGCUGUAAAAUUAGCCGAAAAAAUGUUUCCACGCUACCUUCUCGUCAUACAUGCACAGAUGGAAGUGUAUUUCUUUUAUGAGAAACUUGGAUUUAUACCGGUUUCCGACACUUUUGUUGAAGCAGGGAUUCAACACAAGACGAUGAUUUAUGUUCCACCUUGCAGCAGAAUUGAUAAUAUGUUUAUUCACAAAAAUUCUUAUACCCAUGAUUCGUUCGUUGCCGGGGAGUGUUGGAGUCCUGAAGUUAUUGCUUCUGCUCUUCAAGUUUUACGUCUUUAUCAAGCUUCUUGUCAGCCAAGAAUUCUGCACUAUCAGUACAAACUUGAUGAUAAAGUCGUUGGUCAUUCCUUGAUAAGAGCCUACCGCGAAUGUGCUUUGGCUCUGGAGAAGAAGCUUUACAAACGAAGUAUAGCUUUAGAAAAGUUCCUUUUAAGUGUCGCUUGGGAGAAGUUAAAUACAGGUCACUAUUCGAUGGUUGAUGAUGCUUGGAGGGAGCUUUAUUCCGCUAUAUCUACCUGUAAAGCUUUACGACUGUAUAGAGAAGGACUUUACGAGGAAGCACUUUUUGCAUGUGAUUUUGGUCUUCUUAUGGGCGGCGAUAUUGACAAUUAUUCUCUGUCGUCCUUCGCUACUUAUGUUCACAGUUUGCUUCCUGUAGUGUCACCUGUAAAGUGCUUAGUUUCAGUAUUCCCUUGUCCUCCUCCCCUUCCGAAUUCACAACCUGUAAGACGGCUGAAUCGUCCAUCAAUGGAAGAAUUUCUGGAGUGUUUUGGUAAAGGAGAGCCCAUUAUUAUUACUGGAGUUGUAACGGAGUGGCCAGCGUACAAGAAGUGGAGUUUUGACUAUUUCGACGCUAUUGCCGGUCAUCGCACAGUGCCAAUUGAAAUAGGAAGUUCGUACGCUUCUGAUGACUGGACGCAAACUUUUAUGACCUUCCAUGAAUUUUGUAAAAAAUAUAUAGAGAAGCAGGACUCUGGACUGCCAGGUUAUCUUGCACAACAUCGAAUGUUUGAGCAAAUGCCAGAACUACUCAAGGAUUUGAUUCUUCCAGAUUACUACUCGUUCAAUUCAAUGGAUGAUGUUGAUUUAAUGAUAUGGAUUGGGCCUGCGGGUACUGUUUCGCCCUUACAUACUGAUCCAAAAAGCAAUAUAUUCUGCCAGGUUUAUGGAAGGAAAUUUUUCAGACUUGUGCCUUAUUCUGAGACUGAGUGUGUUUAUCGCCACACCGAGGGACUUCUGACCAACACUACGCAGAUGGAUGUUGAAAAGCCGGACCUUGCAAAAUUUCCUCUAUUUGCCUCUGCUCACGUUUAUGACUGUGUCGUUGAUGCUGGAGAAUCCUUAUUUAUACCUAAACAAUUUUGGCAUCAUGUUCGUUCCCUCGAUCCUAGUAUUUCAAUCUCUUGCUGGUUUCAAGCUUGA